GAGUGCUGUGGCUCUCCCAUGCCUAGCAGUGACACGCUGAUCGGCAAGCCUCCUCGCUUUUAUCACUCAGUGCUUAAAAAAGGAUGGAUCUUGAAGGCAUAAACUGUCUCUUAACCAUAUCAACCAUUAUGGAUUUAAGAUGCUGAAGGGGGAUAAAGAGGAGGGGGUGUUGCGGGGAGAACCUGGGAGUGAGUUACCAGUGACAAGAGAAGGAAGAGGUGUUUUCAUGUUUUUUGUUUUUGUUUUUGGGCGAGCCAAGAGCUUCUCUUUAGCUGUUUCUCUUCCCAGACCUGAAGAUGUUUUUGCUGACAAGAUGAUCCGGGUUGCUUAGUCGCCGAACCCCUCAAUCACCCAUUUCCAGCUGUGUGAAGAUAGACGAAGGAAGUUUUGAUGAAUCAGUUUUCGCUAACCGAUGCUAUGACCGACAACCUGAGGAUAUUAUAAUUCUCUCCAGAGGAAGAGCGUCGCAUCUUUUAGGAGCCACAGGGUAAACUUCACCAUUCCAAAGCUUUCAGAGUCCAACAUGGGAUUCGGAGUGCUUGGAGUUUUUCUGGGGCUCCUGUUGGAGGUUUCAACCCAGGGACCUCACAGCAUUCCAAGAACUUCCUGGAAUCGCCAAGAUUUGGAUCUCCUGGAGUUUUGGGAGCCUGAUGUUUUUAACUACUCUACGCUGCUACUCAGUGAGGAAAGGGACGCUCUGUAUGUGGGAGCAAGGGAAGCCAUCUUUGAGCUCGAUAAAAGGGAUGUGACCAUCAGGAACCAGAAGGUUCAGUGGAAAGUUGCAAAACGUCCCAUGGACAUGUGCACACUGAAAGGAAAAUCAAAAGAGAGGGACUGCCUAAACUACAUCCGAGUGCUCCAAAUAGUGGAUGACGAGCGGCUUUAUGUGUGUGGCACACACGCCUUCCAGCCUCAGUGUGAUUACUUGAAUCUGGCUGACUUCUCAAUGGAGGGUCGACCUGAGGAUGGCCGAGGGAAGUGCUCAUUCGACCCGUCACAGAGCUUCACAACCGUCAUGGUCGAUGGAGAGCUAUACUCGGGGACAGCUUACAACUUUUUAGGCAGCGAACCGAUUAUCUCCAGAUACUCACCACCCCAUUCCCUGCUCAGGACGGAGUACUCCACCUCAUGGCUCAACGAGCCUAGCUUCGUCUUUGCAGAUGUGAUCAGAGCCACGAAGCAAAAAGGAGACGGAGAGGACGAUAAGAUCUACUACUUUUUCACUGAGGUGUCGGUGGAGUACGAGUUCUUUGGCAAGCUGCUCAUCCCCAGGGUGGCUCGCGUCUGUAAGGGUGACCUUGGCGGGCAGCGCACUCUGCAGAAGAAAUGGACCUCCUUUCUGAAAGCCAAACUGGUCUGCUCUAUGCCUGAGCUCAACUUUGUCUUCAAUGUGGUCCAUGAUGUUUUUAUUCUGAAGGGGAAAGACUGGAGGGAUACAAUCUUCUAUGGCGUUUUCACUUCUCAGUGGGGAAAUGUGGGGUUGUCUGCGGUGUGUGCCUAUAACAUGACAGCUGUGGAGGAAGUCUUCUCUAAAGGGAAGUACAUGCAGAAGGCCACAGUGGAGCAGUCCCACACGAAGUGGGUGCGGUAUAACGGCAUCCCCCCCACCCCCCGUCCUGGUGCAUGUAUCAACAAUGAAAUGCGGCGGCAGAACAUAAGCAGCUCACUCCACCUCCCAGACAAGACCCUUCAGUUUGUGCGGGACCACCCGCUGCUGGAGGACCCCGUCCUGCCCAUUGGCAACCGACCUCGGCUCAUCACCAAAGACGUCAACUACACACAGCUUGUAGUCGAAAGGGUCCACGCACUCGAUGGGAACAUCUAUGAUGUCAUCUUUAGCGGAACAGAUAAGGGUGUCCUGCACAAGUCUGUGGUGUUUGAGGAAGAUGUUCAUAUUGUGGAGGAGAUCCAGCUUCUGAAGAACCCUGAGCCCAUCAAAAACUUAUUGCUGUCCACUGAGACUCGGUCGGUGUAUGCUGGGUCAGACUCUGGCGUCGUCCAGUCGCCAACAGCGUUCUGUGGAAAGUAUCCUUCCUGUGGUGAAUGUGUCCUGGCCCGAGACCCCUACUGCGCCUGGGACCCCAACACAGCUGCCUGUGUUAUGAUCCUUGACGCUCCAAAGGAGCAGCGAAGGAGGCUGAUCCAGAGUCUGAAUGGUGAUGCAGACAAGUGUCCCACAGUGUCUGCAGUGUCUCACGAGGACUAUCAGAAGGUGUUGGUGAAACCAGGCAGCUCUGCUGAGCUGCCCUGUGUCAUUCACUCCAACCUGGCGCAUGUGAUGUGGAAAUCUAACGGCUCUCUUCUUAGCGAGGCUUCUCGUUUUCACUUCAUUGCCGAAAACGGGCUCCUCAUUUACAGCGUGGCCCCGGAGGAUCAGGGUUACUACGAGUGCUGGUCUGUGGAAUGGGCUCCCGCUGCUGGGAAGAACUUCAGCCGCCUGCUGGCUGGAUACAAGUUGAACUUGGAUCUUCCUCCCAGGCCCCCUCCCCAGAUAAAGCGUGUGGCCACCACAGUCAGCAGCCAGGAGACUAGUAGCGUGCAUGAAGCUGAAGGUAAUGUUAAGACAGAGAGACAGCCACUAACUUCAGCCAGCUUCACAUCCACAGUCCUUCUCACCUCCCCUCCCCAAACUGACCCAUCACUAACCCGGCCGCCCAUACCCACAAUCCGGUUACAGCCGAGCAGGAACAUUCCUCCAAACUCAGUCAUUCCCGGUUCAGACAGCCAGGACCCUGCAGCCGAGUACCUGCAGAACAACAACAGCAUGGCCCUCCUCUUCCUCUUUCUCCUGUUCUUCCUCCUCUUCUUGGCUGCCAUGGUGUACAACUGCUACAUGCAGUACCUCCCAGCUCCGUGCCUGAGGCUGCGAGCCACUCUGCUGGGGAGCAACAAGUGCACCCAUCAGUCCGAGUACAGAGCCUGUGAGGCGGGUUUAAUGGACGCGCCCGCCGCUGAGAAAAUUAACAUGACUGAGCAACCCACCCAGAAUGGCAGCCAGACCACCAAAAACCUCCAGGCACUGCGGGACACGGGCUAUGAGACUGAACCGGAGUGCAGCAACGGCCGCGUCCCUUCCCAUGACUUUGGAGCCGACGGCGCCUCCCAGGAGAAACCUUUCGACGUGGACUGCGACUCCCAGUCCAUCCAGUUUGCAGACGCUGAUGAGCCUUACUGAUAGAACCUGUGCUGGUUUCCUCUCGUUCAGCAUUGAAAGUAUGCCUGGGCAACGUGCCGUCUGUCUGUGUCAGGCAGGGGACAGAAUGACCAGAACAAAUAAGAUUUACAGUAUUCAGCACAAUGAUUUAAAACGUAUAACCUGAUUGAGUUUAAAACAGUGAAACAAUAUUAAUUUAUAGUGCUGUUAAAUACUACAACCUAUUGGAAGUUAAGAUUAUAAAAUAUAUGUGGAUUUAAAUACAAAUAUUUGAGCACAAAUUGAAUAAACCACUAGAUUUAGUUGUAUGCAGGAUAUUAACAUGCUGGUCAUUCUGCUCUUUAUAAGUUGAUUUAAAAGCUGAUAUAUUACUGGCCAGAGUGGUGGAGUUUGCAUACUGUCUCUUUAAAAUGGUUUUACUGUGAUGGAGAGAUUGAUGGUGAAGACAAACAGGUGGGGGAGGGGCAAAGGUUACCCUUUUAAAUGGUGUCCUUUGAUUACUGGCCCAUGCCUAGCAAUCAAGCCAAAUGUCCAGCACCUUGCGAACUGUUGCUAUCUCCAGGCUUAGAUCAGACACGUGCUCUGAUUCAGGGCUUCUACCUUCUUUCAGCUGAGUCCAGCAAGAAAAAGCUAUUUCUUAUCUUCCAAAUUGGAAACAUUAUUUACCAAAUUGGUAAGCUAAGGUGAUGUUUUCCAAAUUGGAAUCCUAUUUCUAUUCCACCUGCGUAGAAAAAAAAAAAUCGCUUGCAGCGUUUGCUUCUGUUUGUUAUUUUAUCUGAUGCUUUGUCGUCAUGGUGAUUUCUCAGGGAAGAGUGGUUCUGUACGGUUAGUCGUGGUGCGUCAACUUGUGUUGUAAUCCACACCAAAUGGUCUGCAAGUCAGAGGAUGAGGAAAAAAACAGCAAUCUGACGUCUUGAUCAGUGGAGAGAAGCUGGAAUGUAUGGAACUGUGGACUGAGUGGAACUGCUGAGAUUAAAAGAAAAAAGAGGCUAUUUUUAUUGUUUGUUUUACCUGUGAAGUCGACGUUCCUGAUUGUCUCGUGUAUUAACCUUCAUCACUCCGUCUCUUUAUGUUGCGUUAACGGGAAAAAAAAUGUACAGCAUGAAUGGAGGACAUCAGAGCCCUGGAAACAAUCUGAAGUUUUAUAUUUAUUUUGAUGGCUUUAUUUAACAUUCAGUUUUAGGUUAUUUAAGAUGACACAUCUGUGGUAACAUCAACAAAGUUGAUGGUUAACUCCUCGGUUUUAUUCUGAUCUUAAAUCCCUCACUCUCCCUUUUUAAUCUUCUCUGCAUGCCACCCGGUGUUCAGGUUUUCCUCAAAGCUCUCUUCUUCUCCGCUGCUCCCUCUCACAGCUUCCUCCUCAUCUUCCCUGUCAUCCUCUGGAAGUAGCUCUUGCUCUUCCCUCCCUUCCUCUUCCUCCUCCUCUUCCUGCACCGAGCCCCAAAGCGCGAAGGCUCGGGAGGCAGAGGUGAAACUGUUGCCUCCUCUCCUGAA